ACACCCAUCGUCAGCUUUGUGGAUCUUCGACACCCGAUGCUCUGGCGUGUCGGCGAUCCGACAUUCGCGAAUCCUCGUAAGUUCGUAACCCUGUCCUCUCUACAUGUUACCAUGUCACCAUGCCUUCAAGUCCCUUCGCAAUCCUCUCUUAGCAUUAUCAACAAAAAUCAAAUCUUUAUCACCGUGCUCGAGCCUCUCCGCGGCUCCGUCGACCCGGAGCAAAGAAACGCACGCCGACCUCCUCGCCGUCUGCUCAAUAUCGCAGUCGCUUCGCCGGACCAAGCAAUGCCACGCUCUGGGGAUCGUGGGUCGCUCCCUCCCUCGCAGCGUCUCUCUCUGCGCUUCGCUCAUCCUGAGCUACGCUGGUUAUGGGGACAUCGCAGCGGGUCGCGUCUUGUUCCGUCAGACGUUUGGGCAUUGCCACACGGCCUUCUUGUGGAACACUCUCAUCCGGGCUCACUCCGUGUGUGGAGCUCAUGAUGGGUUUGAGACGUACAACGCGAUGAUCAGGAGUGGGGUUCGACCUGACGGCCACACGUUCCCUUUUGUUUUCAAGGUUUGUGCUGAUUUUGUGGAAGUGAAGAAGGGGAUGGAAAUUCACGUGGUCGUGUUCAAGUUGGGUUUCAAUGGCGAUGUCUACGUGGGGAACACUCUUUUGCAGUUUUACGGUAACUGUGGGGAUUUGAGAGGCGCAGAGAAGGUGUUUGACGAAAUGGCUGAGAGGGACGUCGUUUCAUGGAAUACUGUUAUCGGAGUCUUUUCGGUGAAUGGUUUGUAUGAGGAGGCGUUUGAGUUUUUCAACAACAUGAAUUCGAGGUCUGGGAUGAGGCCUAACAUGGUGAGCGUUAUUAGUGUUUUGCCAGUAUGCGCCGGACUCGAGGAUGAAGUCAUGGCGUCUCAGAUUCAUGCUUACACGGUCAAGGUUGGGCUGGUUACAAAUGUGACUGUUGGGAAUGCGUUGGUGGAUGCAUAUGCAAAGUGUGGGAAUGGAGUGGCUUCGAGGCAUUUUUUCGACAAGAUGGUUGAGAAGAAUGAGGUUUCGUGGAAUGCAAUAAUAACGGGUUUUGCUUAUGGGGAGCGCAAUGUAGAUGCUUUGGUUAUGUUCAGGUCAAUGGUCUUUGAGGGUCUGAAGCCAGACUCUGUCACCAUUUCUAGUAUGCUUCCUGUGCUUGUUGAAUUACAGUUGUUUGAUUUGGCCAAAGAGGUGCAUGCAUACAGCAUACGAAUGGGUGUGGAAACUGAUUUGUUCAUCUCCAACUCAUUGAUUGACAUGUACGCAAAAUCAGGCCAUCCAACUGAGGCUUCUAGGGUGUUUAAUAAAAUGAAGGUCUACAAUGUGGUGUCGUGGAAUGCUAUGAUUGCUAACUUCACUCAAAACAGGCGAGAGGUUGAAGCUAUAAAUCUUAUACGAGAAAUGCAAGUUCAUGGUGAAGUUCCGAGCUCGUUAAGUUUCACAAACGUGCUUCCUGCUUGCGCUAGGAUGGGUUUGCUUUCUACCGGAAAAGAGAUCCACGCAAGGACAUUUCGCAUGGGAGAAUCCUUUGACGUGUUCAUCUCCAAUGCCUUGACAGAUAUGUAUGCAAAGUGUGGCUGCUUGAACCUUGCCAGAAAAGUUUUCAGCAUGUCACAGAGAGAUGAAGUAACAUACAAUAUACUAAUUGUCGGCUAUUCUCAAACUAGUUAUUGCUUGGAAUCUCUUAGUUUAUUAAAAGAAAUGCACUCUAUGGGAAUGAACUAUGACAUUGUUUCCUUUGUUGGAGCUAUCUCAGCUUGUGCAAACACAGCCGCAAUCAAGCAUGGUAAAGAAAUCCAUGGUCUACUGGUCAGGAAACAAUUUCAUAUGCAUCUCUUUGUUGCAAACUCAUUGCUGGACUUAUAUAUGAAAUGUGGAAAGAUUGAUAUUGCUGGAGAAGUAUUUGACCGUAUGCCAUACAGGGAUGUAGCCUCUUGGAACACUAUGAUCAUGGGUUACGGGAUGCUGGGUGAAAUAGAGACUGCUAUCAACCUUUUUGAAGAAAUGAUGAAUGAUGGUGUGGAAUAUGAUUCUGUUUCAUUUAUUGCAGUCUUAUCAGCAUGUAGUCAUGGAGGGCUCAUUGAGAAGGGAAGGGAGUACUUUAAAGAAAUGCGGUGUCAGAAUCUUGAGCCAACACAGAUGCACUAUGCUUGUAUGGUUGAUCUUCUUGGCCGAGCUGGCCUUUUUGAAGAAGCUCUGGAACUAAUUAAAGGCCUAGCCUUCAAACCAGAUGUUAAUAUUUGGGGUGCUUUGUUGGGGGCAUGUCGUAUGCAUGGGAAUAUAGAGUUGGGCUGUUGGGCGGCUGAUCAUCUGUUCAAGUUGAAGCCAGAUCAUUGUGGAUACUAUGUACUUCUUUCCAACUUAUUCGCAGAAGCAGGGAGAUGGGAUGAGGCAGAUAGAGUGAGAGAAUUGAUGAAGUCAAGGGCAGUGAAAAAGAACCCUGGUUUUAGUUGGGUUCAGACACGUGAUAAAGUGCAUGCUUUUGUGGUCGGAGAGAAAGUAGACGAUUUAGAUCCGUUUGUUUGGCUUGCAGAAGCUGGCUAG